UCUUGCAGGGUGGCACACCUGGCUGGUCAGCUGGUCCGGGCCCUGAGUGAACGGCAACCAGGGCUGGACAUCAGCGAAAGGGAUAAGCUGUGUGUGGAGAUUGCUGGUCUUUGCCAUGACCUGGGACAUGGCCCCUUCUCUCAUAUGUUUGAUGGAAUGUUUAUCCCAAAAAUGCGCCCUGGGUUGAAUUGGAAGCAUGAAAAGGCCAGUGUGGACAUGUUUGAUCACAUGGUCGAGGUGAACGGCUUGAAGGGGGUCAUGGAGCAGUACGGACUCAAGCUGCCAGAAGACUUGGAUUUCAUCAAGGAGCAGAUUGCCGGCCCCUUGGAGCCGCCCUCGUCCCUCAGUCAGGAUCAGGCUGCCAAGUCGACCGAGUCCCAGGAUCAGGCUGCUUGGAAGUACAAAGGCCGCCCAGAAUCCAAGUCCUUCCUGUACGACAUAGUGGCGAAUAAAACAAAUGGCAUCGAUGUGGACAAGUGGGAUUAUUUUGCUAGAGACUGUCACCACCUGGGCAUCCAGAACAAUUUUGAUUACAAACGUUUCCUGAAAUUAGCCCGUGUGUGUGACGUGGACGGGAAGAUGCAUAUUUGUACCAGAGAUAAGGAAGCACACAACCUCUAUGACAUGUUUCAUACCAGACACCGUCUCCACCAGAAGGCCUACCAGCACAGAGUCGUGCACAUCAUUCAGAGAAUGAUAUCAGAGGCUUUUGAAAAGGCUGACAAGUUUAUCCAGAUCUCUGGCUCUGAUGGCCAGAUGUUUACCCUCUCCACUGCUAUCGAUGACAUGGAGGCCUACACCAAGCUGACAGACCAUGUGUUUCAUGAGAUCUUGAACUCCACUGAGCAGAAUCUUGCUGAGGCACGGAUGAUCCUGGAGAAGAUUGAGAGCCGCAAGCAUUACAGGCUUGUGUUUGAGAAACGGCGACCCCCAUCCACUGUGACCAAGGAUGAAAUUCUUUGGUGGUUCAAAACUCAGACCAGAAAUGACAUCAGACUUGCCGAAGAAGACUUUGUCAUUGACGAAAUUAGGAUGGACUAUGGAAUGAAGGAGGAGAACCCAAUCAAUAGAAUGCGGUUUUACAGCAAAGAUGACCCUGACCGCGCAAUCACAAUCACUAAGGAUCAGGUCUCCGCGAUCCUCCCUGAGAGGUUUUCAGAGACGGUAAUCCGUGUCUACUGCAAAAAUACGGAUGAAAAGAGCAUGAGCCGUGCCAGGAAAUUCUUCAAAGACUACAAUCCUACUACUAAUAAGUAGUACUACUGCUACUAAACCCCUAAUUUCAUAUAUGAGCUAAUAUCCCUGGAGAAACUGGGGUUAAAGUCCUUGCUCAUUAAUCAUGUGUUUCCUUUUCAACAAUGAGUUUUGAACCCAUAACAUUCUGUACCUGGAGCCUUAAUGCACUCAAAUACCCCCCAUCUUUUCAUUCUUUUUUAUGAUAUCUUACUUUUUUUUUUUUGUCUGGGUUGUACUUAUUUUACUGGUUGAUUUCUGUGGUGAUGUUUUCGUUUUCUGCAAUUGUUUAUUAGAAAUGUAGAAUUCAUACUGUUUCUGGAAAAAGUGGGUCAAAGCUGAGUCAUUUAUAUGUAUGUUGCUAAUAUAUAACACUAUGGAUUGUAAACUAUGAAUAAAAUGUAUAUUGGUGAUGCUUUGUUCAAAAAAAAUAAUAAACCUCCUUGUUAACUCUGA